AUGGUCCGGACCAUCGUGUUCGUGGUCCUGAGAAUACGGGCAGUGGCGGCUGGGCUGGGGGCUAUGCUUGGGCUGGGUCGAUGGACCAAGAAGAGUUCUUCCUCGAACCAAUCGCUGUUUAGCUCCGCCGGCGGCAAGAAGAAGGCGGCGGCUGGGAAGUCGCGGGGUCGGCGCGCGACAGCGUUCUCGCGGCUGUUCAGGAAGAGGACCGCCACGCUGCUGGUGGUGAUGCUCUUCGUGCUGGCGAUGGGCUUCCGUUCUGCGGGCACGCCUGCCGUCACCGAGGUGCCCAUGUCCACGUUCAUGCAGCUAAUGGAGGGGAAACGCGGCGCCGACGUCGUGGAAAGCGUCCGAGUGUCGAAGACCGGGACGAUGUUCUUCAAGAUGAACGGCAAGGAGUGCUACACGUUGCCGUUGAGGGUAAGCAAGGAAGUCUUCAAGGCGCUCUGCAACAGCGGCAUUCCCUUCAGGGCUUCCAAGUCGCCGCCGGGGCUUUCUUUCAUCUUCCCGGUUGUCUACCUCCUGGCCGUCUACUACUUCAUCGUCAAAAGGGGGCAAGGGAGCAUGGUCGGGUCCACGGGAAAACUUGCGUCGUCGACGGAGCUCGAUACCUCUCUCACGUUUGGGGACGUGGCGGGGGUCGACCAGGCCAAGAGUCAAGUGCAGGAGCUUGUGUCGAUGAUCAAGAACCCGGCGCCUUUUAUUGCCGCGGGUGCUCGGUUACCGAGCGGUCUGUUGAUGGUGGGACCGCCCGGGACGGGGAAAACGCUCAUGGCUAGAGUCAUGGCAGCGGAGGCAGGGGUUCCGCUUCCGCCCCCCAGGCGAUUCCGAGGGGUGGGAGGUUAUCUGCUAAUUGGGAGAUUGCCCAAGUUUUACUACUGCUCCGGGUCCGACUUUGUUGAGAUGUACGUUGGGCGCGGUGCGGCCAGGGUACGAAAGUUGUUCGUCAAGGCGGGCAAGACGGCGCCGUGCAUCAUCUUCUUGGAUGAACUCGAUGCCUUGGGCAAAGAGCGCUCCGGCACCGGAGGGCGACAGACUAACGACGAAGCGGAGCAGACCUUGAACCAGCUGCUGGCUUGCAUGGACGGCCUCGACACCAACAACAACGGGGUCAUGGUCAUCGCCGCCACCAACCGCUACGACGUGCUCGACAACGCCCUCACCAGACCCGGCAGGUUUGAUCGCAUCGUGCGGGUCGACGUGCCGGACGCGGCGGGCAGAGAAGCGAUCCUGAAGGUCCACACGAGAAAAAUGAAGCUCGAAGACGUUGACGUGCUACGGGCGGUGGCGGAGCUUACACCCGGUCUUGCCGGGGCGGAGCUGGCCACGAUCGCGAAUGAGGCUGCCAUCUCCGCCGCUCGUAGAGGGUCGCAGCAGUUGCUCGAGACAGACUUCUUGGAGUCCGUUACAAACUUUUACGUCUCCCGAAAGAAGGGCGUUGCCGGCCUGCAGAACAUGUUCAAGGGCAUGCUGACAUAGACCAGGAUUAUAGAGAAGAGGUGUUUCUUUCGCUGUAGAAAUACGAUGGACACGCCGAGGGAUGUUAGAGUUCAAGUUUUGUCGACUCGGCGGGGGUCUUCUAUUGCUGAGGCAUCGCCUAUUUUUUUUUUGUUUGGCGCGGGUGAUGGAGCCCGGCGAGCAUCUCCUACGAAGGGGUUGAGCCUUGGUAAAUUUCGUGUUGAGGAUAGGCGUUCGUGUGGUCGCUUUUCGAUUGCAAAUGACGUGGCAAGUAUUCAUGACGUUAUCGUUUCGGAAGCUGUGUUCGGUUGUAAGGUCGGUCGUUAAUUUCCCGC